CACAUAUUUUCAAUCUUUUUUUUAUCUUUUUAGAGAGAUAAACGUCCACACUCCACACUACCCAAAAUGUGACAUGUCGUAUUGUCGUGGUCUACUUUUCAGUUUUCACCAUCUUCCAUAAAAACAAUGGCCACACUUUUCCAACAAUUAACCAUAAAGCUUAGGAAACCUCUCAUUCUAACAUGUUGACCAAGUUUACAACCAUUAGAUACAUUAAUCCAUAAAUCAGCAUAUCCAAACAUUAAAAUGCCACACGUUACCAAAUCCACACAUUGUGGUCUCCUUCCACAACCUCAUAACUAACAAUUAAUCUUCAUAAAACCUAUAAAUACACAUUUCUUGAUUCACUUGUAAUCUUUAAACAUAUUUCAAAACAAAUAAAGAAUGAAAGCAACCCCUAGUCAGCAAAGUUUACUCGACUCUGAUGGACAAUGCAACGAUGAUCAAUCACAAUGUCAGUUGCGUAGAGAUGGUCAGGGCGAAUCCCAAGAUUCUAUUCUUGUAUAUCAGGCAGGGAAUUCGGUGAAGACGAUGGCACAUGGAGCGGGGGAUGUGGCUAGCGGAGCGGCGAGAGGUGCGAUGGGGUUCGCACAGGGUGCCGCCAUGGGAGCAACCCACUUAGCCCAAGGUGCGGCUUCUGCUGUCAGUAAUACCUUUCACAACCCACGAAACCAUAAUUUGCACACUCGACUUCCCACCGAAAACCCACAAAACCCGAGAUAUUGAUUACGAUUUACGAUUGAUUAACUUCUUUGUUUCAUCGGAUCUCUUUCUUUUUCUGUGAUUCAUUUGAUUUCAUGUUGUAUCUUAUCUUCCCGACCAGAGAUCGGUGAAGACAUGCCGCUUAACGCUUGUUUCUAUGGCGUGUGUUUUGUUGGAAGUGAAAUUUCGUAAAUUUGUUGAUCAAGUGUAUGUGUACCUUUAAUUUUGAGUUUAUAUGAAGGGAUAUUUGGUUUUAAUAUUGAAAAAUUAAAGUCAUAUAGUCAUUAUUACUCAAUUAUAGUAAAAAGAGGAAU